AUUCUGUUUUUUUCUAUAUUGAUGCUUCUAAAAAAUCGAAGCAUGAUAACAUCAGCAAAUUCUCAAAUGGAUGAAUGCCUAUAAGCACAAACGGGCCGGGCAGCUGUAGUUCUUGAACGAGUAGAACAUGCCAAGAUAAUCGUCAGGUGCCCAUUUGCUUUAAUAUUAGCAGCUUCCUACUUUAAAUGCGGGUUGGUCAGUUUCAUUCAUUAUAACUGAGUGGGUAAGACAAUAAAAUAAGUGAUAUUGAAGAGAUUGACCAAAACUGAGAAAAUUAUAGCUCCAAUUUUAUUUGGACAUGGAGGAGAUUCAUGAACAACAGAAUCAGGAGAUUAUUCAAGAAUCCGAUAAAGGUGCAGCUGAAGAUCAGACGAUUAAUGGUGAAGAAAAUGCUUCAAAGAGUACUGAGCGAGAUGAUAAUUUUCCCCCAAAAGUUGAUUCAGAAUUGGACGUUCUUCAUGAGAAUGUCACAAAACAAAUUAUCAAGUCCGGGCAGGGAAACAAGCCUUCACAGAAUUCAACAUGCUUCUUGCACUAUAGGUCAUGGACUGAAAGCACCAUGCAUAAGUUUGAGGACACUUGGCAAGAACAACAACCUCUGGAACUAGUUUUGGGCAGAGAGAAAAAAGUCUUAAGUGGCUUAGCAAUUGGUGUCGCAAGCAUGAAAGCUGGUGAACGUGCGCUGUUUCGUGUUGGAUGGCAAUUGGGUUAUGGGGAAGAAGGCAACUUUUCUUUUCCAAAUGUUCCUCCUAAGGCUGAUCUCAUAUACGAGGUUGAGCUUAUUGGUUUUCAGGAAGCAAAGGAGGGUAAGGCACGCAGUGAUAUGACAGUAGAGGAACGAAUUGAAGCAGCUGAUAUGAGACGUAAAGAGGGUAAUGAAUUUUUUAAAGAGGGGAAAUUAGCAGAGGCAAUGCAGCAAUAUGAAAUGGCCCUGGCAUACAUGGGAGAUGAUUUUAUGUUCCAGUUAUUUGGAAAAUAUAAGGACAUGGCAAAUGCUGUGAAGAAUCCAUGCCAUCUCAACAUGGCUGCAUGUUUAUUGAAACUGAACCGUUAUGAAGAUGUCAUUGGCCAAUGUAACAUGGUGUUAGUUGAAGAUGAGAACAAUGUGAAGGCUUUAUUCAGACGUGGAAAGGCAAAAUCUGCUCUUGGGCAGACAGAUGCUGCAAGAGAGGACUUCCAAAAGGUUAAGAAACUUUCUCCUGAAGAUAAGGCAGUGGUACGAGAGCUGCAUCUCCUUGCACAACAUGAUAAGGAGAUGUACAUGAAACAGAAAGAGCUCUAUAAGGGCCUGUUUGGCCCAAGGCCAGAGCCAAAGCCCAAGAGAUUGAACUGGUUCAUUGUGUUUUGGCAGUGGCUUUUAUCCAUAAUAAGAAUGGUUUUUAGGGUGAGGAGGCCUAAAGAUGACUAAUUAUGACUAAUUCAGUUUAUUAAAUCCGUUAUAAUAUUAUCCUAAUGAUGGAUCACAGAAUGUGAUCUAAAACCUUGAUGCAAAAUAAAUUGUACACGGUUAAAUCCAGAAACUACAAGUGCUAAAUACCAUGGACUGUGGAAAUCUGACAUCUUUAAUUUAUUAAAUUUUCUAACAUGCUUUAGUUUCUUCUGUCAAAGGAGUUUGGAACAAUGCUAUUUGGUUUGCAAGCCAGUAAGAAGAUGUUUACUGGAAUCCAGCUCCAUAGUUUGUUAAAACAUAAAAACAUCUGUGCCUGCAAUGAAGGCAUGGAAUUGGUUUUGUAUACAUUACUUUGAACUUGUGUUCAACUUAUUUUUUCAUGUACCUGUAUAAAUCUGCUUUAUGUUGAUGUA